AUGCCACGAAAAGCCACGUAUGGAAAGCAAUCAAAGACCUCAAAAGCCGAGAGGCUCUUUGCUGAGCUGCCGCAGAGUCCGAUGCGCAAGCCAGGCACCAGAGAAGCACCCGCCAAACCAAACGAGUCUGAGCCUGUGACAGUGGCCGACUUGACUGCGCAGCUCUCCGAGGUCCGCAUUCAAGAAGAAGAGAGCAAGGUUGAGAAACUACCAAAAUCCAGCAGCAAAUCAUGCAGGAAAGCCAAACAAGAAGCGCCACCAGUGGUUCAUGAGCGCGAAAUCACAAUAGCGUCAUCUAGCGACACCGAGGACAACUUUGCAUCGGAUGAUGAGGGAAAACACGAAGAGGACAGCUCCGCUGAAACAACUCUCCGGAUUCUGUCAUGGGAGGAUGUAUGCCCCCACGGUGACCGCAUAGAAAAGAUCGCCGAGGCGUCCUACGCCGAGGUCUACCGUGUCACCAACGACCGCGGCACCAGCAUCAUCAAAGUCAUCCGCCUGCACUCCCCUAUCAAGGCCAAGACAAAAGCGCAGGAGCGUUCCAAGCUCGUCGACGAGGAGCCGCACGCCGAAGAGGACAUCAACGGCGAGCUGCAAAUCUCCGAGUGGCUCGCCGACAUUCCCGGGUUCGUCGUCUACAAGGAGCGCUACGUCGUGCAAGGCAAGGCGACCAGGCAGCUUUUGGAGACGCAUCAGGUCUUUCAGCGACGCAUGAAGAGACAGGACCCAGGCCGUGCGCAAUUCUACCCCUCUCCGAGCCGGUAUCUGGAGGAUACGCGCUUUCUCGUCGUGGAGCUUGGUGAUGCGGGCAUUGCGCUCGAAGACUGGAAGCUGACGACGGAGAGCCAGCUAUGGGACAUUUUCUUUCUUGUGGCGGUGGCACUCGGACGAGCUGAGGAUUUGGCCAUGUUUGAGCAUCGAGAUCUCCACGAGAGCAAUUUGUGUAUCCGGCAAGUUCACGAGCCACGAGCACGGCCAACUGAUGCACAAGGCCAAUUUUAUGGCUACUCGGGCCUGGAUAUUACAAUUCUGGACUAUGGUCUGUCAAGAGCAGAGGAUCUAUCUAUUGACUAUGCCGCCCCAGUAGCACAUGAUCUGGAAAGAGACCUCAGUUUCUUCACAAGCACACAUGCGCCACAGUGCAACGUGUACAGGCAGAUGAGGUCAUUCCUGCUGCGUGCAGAUCGCGUGUGCCUGCCUCCCGCUGCGCACGCUACACCGUAUGCGAAAGGAAUCGACGGACCUCUGUCAUGGGACGUCUUUGCGCCCUACACCAAUGUGUUGUGGCUGGCAUACUUGUACUCGUACCUCGUCAAGAACUUCAAAGGCGACAAGAAGGCGCUGCAACGUUUCCGUUGCACAACACAAGAAAUGUGGAAAUAUCUAAAUCCUGAUGCCGGCGAUGACGUCCCGUGCUUUAAUUGCGCUGCAGACGUGGUCUGCUUUGGUGUCGAGGCUGGCUGGAUGGCCGAGUCGCAGCUGGCCGGAUCUACGCAUUCCAUGAUUGAGCGGGAAGAAAGCAUCAUCAUGGCCCGCGAGGACGAUGAAGAUGAAGCAGCGUCACUGAGGCGGUCGCCAAGGAGAAGCCAGUAUCAACAAAGCACCAUUGUGUAA